AUGAAGAAAAGAAUAUACUCGCUUUUGAUUUUCCAACCCAAUUAAGUAUCACCUAAUGUAUUUAAAAUGGGCGUAGAUUUAUAGACUAUGUUUUUUUGUAUUCCUUUUGACGUCUAAAAAAGUAAAUAUGGGAACUAUAUUAUAUUUAAAGACUUAAAUUAGUUUCUUUUUAAAUAAAUUAAUAGUGACACUACUCUUAAUUUAGAUGUUUUUUCGAAAUAAGAUAAUUUUGAUUUCAAUAUAACUCUAUAUACGACUUCUAAUUAUACCUAAAACUCUAUUAUUAGACAUUUAAAUGUAAAAAUGGAUAUUUAAUAGUAUAAAGUAUUAUCUUUUGAAGUUGAUAAUUAAUGGAUUUUUAUUGGUUAAAAUAAUAGAUUCGCAUAUAUAGAAAUUCCUUAGAAAUCUUUUUAAGGUCCUAUAUAAUCUAUUCAUUUAUUAUAAUAAUAAAUAUACCAAAAAAAUGACUUUUAUGUAAAAGUUAGAUAAAUGAGCCUUUAAUCUAAAUUAAUAUAACAAAAUAAUUAUAAUAAUGUAUAAUUUUUAUAUGGAAUUAAUAUAGACGCCGCAUUUUUCCAAAAAUAAAAUUUGUUCAUUUUUUUAACUUAAAAAUAAUUGAUUUUUGUCAUGCCAAAUAUGAAAACUCAUUCUUUUAAAAUCAAUUUUUUACUAGGAAUAGACUAAGACUUCGAUUUUUCGAAGUGUUCUAUAUUCCAUCAUAAAAACUGUCCUAUAGCAUAUAUACAUUGCAAAUAAUUUCAGAAAAUAUAGGAAAUUUCCUACAAAGUAGUGCCUAAUACAUUCGAAAUAGUUAAUUUUUCUCAAAAAAAUAUCUAUAAUCUACCCACUUAAUAAUUCGGUGAUAUCUAAUAAAUAAUAUUAAAUGAUGAUAUAGACUGUGAGAAUAUAGAAAACAAAUUUUUUAUGCUUUCUAAAUACGAUUCUUAUUAUUAAGAGUCAUUUAUUUCAUAUGCAAGUACUUAAGGAAAUAAUAUAAAAAUUUAAUUAAGAAUAGAUGCCAAAACUAUGGGUAUGAGAUUUCUAAUAGUAUAAAAUAUUUCAGUAAAGUCUUUUUUUUUAGAAGGAAAAAUCCAGUUUAAUUUAAUAGGAAUUAUAUAGGAAAAUUAAGUCAUUUUUUUAAGAAUAAAUUAAUAAAAUCAGAUUUUAUAGAAAAUAUAUGAAUAAAAAAACAAACAAAAAAUAUAGACAAUUGAUUUAUUUAAUAUAGACUAAUAAAAAGACGACAUAUUAAUAAUAAAAUAUAUACUCUAAUAUAUAAAUAGUGAUUCCGUUUUAUUAUAAACUAAAAUUAAUAUAUAAAAUACUAAUAAUACAAUCACAUUUUUAAAUAAAAAAAAAGUCUUGGCAAUAUAUAAACACUAUAAAAUGUGUUCUUAUUAUGUCAAUAAUCCUAUUUUAUAUUUCGAAAAUCAAAAUAAACAUUUCCCUUAGUAUUUAGCUAGGUUUUGUGUUUUUUAAUAAAAGUCUUUAGGGGAAUAUGAGGCAGAUUUUUCAUAUAGUUAUUAACUUGUUUUAUAUUCUUAUUCUAAUAAUUAUAAUUAUUAUGCCCAGUCGAUUAUAUAAUUACCUUACUUUAAUAGAAAGCCUUCUAGAGUGUUUUUUUAUAAAAAAAUAUAAGAAGAAUAAGAAGAAGAAGAUAAGAUAAAUAUACUAAUUACGAGUUAUAUUAAUCUUUUUGUAGAUUAUUAUCUAUAUAAAGAAUAUAAACUUGAAUUUUAUUUCAAAAAACCUUAAAAAUUCGUUAUUUCUAAGAAAAAUAUAGAUAUAUAUGCAGUUAAUAAUCAUUUUUCGAAUACUACGAAAAUAAAUUACUAUUUAAUAGAUUAUUAGGCGGAUAUAAAGCAAUAAAAAUCAAUUUUUAUAUAUUUUUAUUUUACUUUGUGUUUUUUUAUGGCUUUGUUUUACUUUAUACCGAUUUUUGCUUGGAUAUUUAAUAAUUAUAGUGAAUAAAAACAACGAAAAAAAACAGAAAAAGAGAAGAAAAACAAUACAAAAUGCAAUAAAAAAAAUAAAAUAAGGAAAAAAUCAAAAUUAUAAAUAGAUUAAUAAAAGGAAGAAGAUAAAGAAAAGUAAAAAGAAACAAUUUAAAAUAGGUGA